CGGAAAUUACCGAACUCUGACUAGUGUCUGCUGCCUUUCACCAUGGGUGCCUGCCUGGCAGUGUGCUCCCUUAUCAACUGUGCCUCUUGCUUGUGUGGUACAGCAUCAUGCCUCCUCUGUGGCUGUUGUCCGUCUACAAAGAACUCCACAAUAACCCGUCUGAGUUUCUCUAUUUUCCUUCUGCUGGGUACACUUGUGGCGUGUAUCAUGAUCAUCCCAGGAGUAGAAGGAGGACUCAAAAAGCUGCCAUGGUUUUGUAAAGACUCUACAGCUAUUGCCGGUUCCGUAAACUGUGAUGUCCUUGUGGGUCACCAGGCUGUGUACCGCAUGUGCUUUGCUCUUGCUGCUUUCUUCUUCCUCUUUGUAUUAUUAAUGAUCUGUGUCCGGAGCAGUAGAGACCCAAGAGCAGCAGUGCAGAAUGGGUUUUGGUUCUUUAAGUUUCUUAUAUUGACUGGAAUAACCGUUGGCGCAUUCUUUAUUCCUAGCGGGACUUUCACUACAGUUUGGUAUUAUUUUGGCAUGGUUGGUGGAUUCCUUUUCAUCCUUGUCCAGCUCAUCCUUAUCAUAGAUCUUGCCCAUUCAUGGAGUCAGUCCUGGCUGCAGCAGGCUGAAAAUGGCAAUACCAAGUGCUGGUAUGCAGGUCUCCUGAUCUGCACUUUCCUGCUCUAUGCUGCCUCAAUCAUUGCAAUUGUGUUCCUGUAUAUUUACUACACCAAGUCCGAUGGUUGUGUCCCCAACAAAGUCUUCAUCAGCCUCAAUCUUAUCUUCUGUGUUAUCAUUUCAGUCGUGUCUAUACUGCCAAAGGUCCAGGAAGCACAGCCUCAUUCUGGAUUACUGCAGGCAUCUGUAAUAACAUUGUAUACCAUAUUUGUUACCUGGUCAGCAAUGGCAAAUGUUCCUGAAACACAGUGUAACCCUACUUUACUGGGUAUUGUCUCUACUAACACUACUGCCUCUGCCUCCACCGCUGCGGCACAAUGGUGGGAUGCUCCAAGCAUUGUGGGAUUAGUCAUCUUCAUUGUGUGCACCUUGUUUAUUAGCCUCCGUUCUUCGAACAACCCUCAAGUAAACACACUUAUGCAGACUGAAGAAAAUUCUGGAGAUGGUGGGUCUCCCUGCCCUGAAGAUGGUGCACAUCGAGCAUAUGACAAUGAGGAGGACUCUGUAGCUUACAACUACAGUUUCUUCCAUUUUUGCCUCUUCCUUGCCUCCCUUUACAUAAUGAUGACACUCACCAACUGGUACUUGCCCGGUAGCGCUGAUAACGUAUUGUCCAGCCCAUGGUCAGCAGUUUGGGUGAAGAUCUCCUCUAGUUGGGUUGGACUUCUCCUUUACCUCUGGACUCUGGUUGCUCCCCUAAUUCUGUCUGACAGGGAAUUCAACUAAACCUGGAGUUCAUCUUCUCAAACCCCUUUUCCUUGUAAAGUCCUCAUCCUCCCAACUCUCUUACACAAAUGUUUGAUGCAAUAAUUUUGUACCUGUAUGUAAGUAGAAACUGUAACUCUUAUACACUUGCUUAAAGGGAAUCGGAUUUGUUUUCUGAAGUGUAAAGCUAGGAUAAUUUAUAUAAAGGACUAUAGUUACCGGCACUCCCUUUUGCAUCUAAUAAAUGCGCACAAAGUAGAAAUAUCUACAGCUAACUUGUAAAAAAAUUUUAAAUAUAAUUUUUCACUCAAACCUGGAAACUCUCUAUUAAAGGGACACUAAAGUCAAAAUUAGGCGUUCAUGAUUCAAAUAGAACAUUCAAUUUGAAACAACUUUCAUAUUUACUUAUGUUAUCUAAUUUACUUUGUUUUCUUGGUAUCCUUUUCUGAAAAAAUACCUAGGUAGGCUCAGGAAAAGCAAUGCACUAGCUGCUGAUUGGUGGCUGCACAUACUGUAUAUGCCUGUUGUGGUUGGUCAUUCAAUGUGUUCAGCUAGUAUUACAUUCAUAUUGAUCGAAAACUCCUGUAGGAAUAAUAUUUAAAUUGCAGGUUUAGAAGGCAAAUACUAAGGAAUUCUGAAAUAUUAUAACAGAAGAUUCUUGGUGAAACUUGAAAGAACAGUAAACACCUUGCAAUUACAAGAUAUUUCUGUUGUGCUGCAAUAGAAUAACAUCAGCCAAGUCUUAACUUUUUUUUAAAAAAAAAAUUACCAUCCUUUUUACUACAAUUAUUUUUCAAUAGCAAAUUCUAAAGCUAUACCCACCAUUUGUCUUAUUUGGAGGAGCCAAUGUGGACUUAAUUCCACAGACAACAAGGCUAGUCAUUGUCAUUAAUUUAGUAUAAAAUGCAUUGUUUUGCAGCAGAUCUCUGAUAAAGCCAAUUAGGGAUAGAUAUGUAGCAUGGUUUGCAUUUUAAGUUCUUAGAAUUAACAAUUGGUCAGUUUUCAUAGCUGAAUUACAUGAAAAGGGGGUAAAAAAAUUUGAAAAUAUUGCAAAGUUGUUACAUUACACAUAACUAAACAUUUUUAUAUAAAAAUAUCAAGGUGUUUACUGUCCCUUAACCCUGCUACAUAUGUGUCCCUAAUUGGCUUUAUCAGAUAAUAACUGCAAACCAAUACAUUUUAUACUAACUUUAUUACCAGGUAUAACCUUGAUGUCUGCAAACUAAAUCCCAGAUUAGCUCCUCUAAAUAAGGCAAAUGAUGCAUGGAGUUUAGCUAUUGAAUAAUUAUUGUAGUAAAAAGGAUGUUAAUAUGUUUUUUUAAAUGUUUUGAGACGUGGCUGAAAUGUUAUUAUGUAGCAACACAACAGAAAUGUCUUGUAAUUACAAGGUGCUUACUGUCCCUUUUUAAACGGAAAUUCAUAAGAAAGAGAAGUAUUUAGACAUAAGCAUAUUUUUUAUUCCAAACUAAAAUGUUGAGCUUCCUGGGUUUAAUAACUUUGUUGUGAACCACUGAUCCCAAGGGAUUAGUUGCUCACUCGCUGAUAAGGACAACUCCAACGCUAUUGUUGGACGAUAACCUGUUUCAACAAUAAUGAAAACAAAGCCGUUUUAAAAGCGAUAGUAAACACUAAAUACAUUUUAUAAGCAUAGGUUUUAGGUUAUUCUCUGCAUCCCUCCAGUCAUGGGUGCUGCCAUGUUGAAACCUAUUCUUCACUGCAUUCCGAUGUUGAUCUGUUUGCACAUGUGCAAAUGUGCAACAACUCUCCUUCAGAUACCUGUAGUGUAACCUAGGGUUUAAAAUGGUGGUACCCAUAAUUAUAGAGGGAGGUGCAUGAAAUGUGUUUAGAGCCCCUUUUAAUAAGUGCAGGACAUAAAAACAUCAACUUCAAAAAUAUAUAUUUAAAGGGAUACUAAACACAUUUUUUUUUUCUUUCAUGAUUCAGAUAAAGCAUGCAAUAUUAAGCAACUUUCUAAUUUACUCCUAUUAUCAAUUUUUCUUCUUGCUAUCUUUAUUUAAAAAAAGCUGGAAUGUAAAGCUUAGAAGCCAGCCCAUUUUAGGUUCAGCACCCUGGAUAGUGCGUGCUUAUUGGUAGCUACAUUUAGCAAACCAAUAAGCAAGCAUAACCCGGGUUCUGAACAAAAAAAGGGGUGUCUCAUAAGCUUUAAAUUCCUGCUUUUUAAAUAAAGAUAGCAAGAAAACAAAUACAUUGAUAAUAGGAGUAAAUUAGAAAGUUGCUUAAAAUUGCAUGCUCUGUUUGAUUCAUGAAAGAAAAUAUUGUGUUUAGUAUCGCUUUAACAAAUACUCUUUCAGAUGCAGCACAAAUAUUAAAAAGAUACAUUAAACACUAAAUGCUAGACACUGAUGUAUUCAAUUAAAAAAUAAGACAUUUAUCGCAGGCUACACUUUGCUUUGGAGUAUAAUGCAAUUUUUUGGUUAUUGGAGUGUAAUGUUUAGUCUCCAUAAAGAAACUGGCACCACCAUGUUGUAAUAUUGGUUCCCCAAGAUUUUGAAAGCCUGCUAUCUCCUCUGCUGAGGCCAGUUAGGGAGACUUAUAAAUAAGCUACUGGAGUAACAGUUAUUCAGUGUUUAAUAUGCCCUUAAUGUUUACUCAUAAGCAGGGUGCAUUUAAAGUUAUACUAAACUACAUGGGUAUUAAAAAGGUAAUUUACGUUGAUGCACUGUACAUAGGUUCACAUCAUAAGUUUCAUAAAAUGAAUAGUCUAUUUUUUAAGUUUAAAGGGAUAUGAAAUAAUGCUCAAUUUUAAUUUAUUUAUUUAAAUAAAGUACAAGCAAAGUAAACAUAAAAAGCUUAAAAAACGGCAAACCUCUUAUUUGACUUGUUUUCUUGCAAAAUGUGCACUUUCUCAGUAUAGUCACUACAUGUAGGGAGAUAAGUGAGCAUAACAUUUUACCUUUUUUUAAUUUUUUUUUAUUAUUAAUACAUAUUGCAAUGGUUUGCAUUAAGUAUAACUCACUGCUUACUACUUUAUUACAGCAAUAAAACAGAAUGUUUCAUAUACCUUUGUUUUUAAGGGACAUAGAACACAACAUUUUCAUUUCAUGAUUCAGAUAAGAACAUACAAUUUUAAAUAACUUUCCAACUUGCUCAUCAAAUGUACUUUAUUCUGUUGGUAUCAUUUGUUGAAGGAGAAGCAAUGCAUUAGUGGGAGCUAACUGAACACAUUGGGUGAGCCAAUGACAAGAGGCGUAUAUGUGCAUCCACAAAUCAGCAGCUAGCUCCCAGUAAUUGCUCCUGAGCUUACCUAGGUAUGCUUUUCUACAAAGGAUUCCAAGAGAAUGAAUCAAAUUAGUUAAUAGAAGUAAAUUGGAAAGUUGUUUAAAACUUUUUUUUAAUGUGCUAUCUAAAUCAUAAAAGAGAAAAAUUGUUGAAUUUCAUGUCCCUUUUAAAACUAUUUUGUGCAGCCAGCCACCUCAUGUAAAAGUUUUUUUUCCACAAUGACAAUGCUGUGGUAUAGCCUAUGCAAAGCUGUUCCACACGUCCCAUAGCUUUCAAUUAGUGUGUGUGAAGGAAGAAGCCACUAGGAGGCUGGCGGCAUUAAAGGGACACUGAACCCAAAUUUUUUCUUUCAUGAUUCAGAUAGAGCUUGCAAUUUUAGGCAACUUUCUAAUUUACUCCUAUUAUCAAAUGUUCUUCAUUCUCUUGGUAUCUUUAUUUGAAAAGCAAGAAUGUAAGUAUAGAUGCCGGCCAAUUUUUGGUGAACAACCUGGGUUGUUCUUGCUGAUUGGUGGAUCAAUGCACCCACCAAUAAACAAGUGCUGUCCAGGGUCUGAACCAAAUAUUGUCUGGCUCCUUUAGCUUAGAUGCCUUCUUUUUCAAAUAAAGAUAGCAAGAGAACAAAGAAAAAUUUAAAAUAUGAGUAAAUUAGAAAGUUGCUUAAAAUUGCACGCUCUAUCUGAAUCACCAACGAAAGACAUUUGGGUUCAGUGUCCCUUUUAAUUGAGGUAGGAUUUAAACUUAAAAAAUAUAUACUUUUCUAGAGCACUUAUUUCAACAAUGCUUGUCAAAACUGUCAUUAAGACAUUAUCUCAACUGUAAAUGCACUCUUUCCCACUAAAGAUAGUUUACUAUCACUUUUUAAGCCAUGAGUAGUGCUACCAAAAAGGUUUACUAGAACAGUAGCUAUGUUUGAGCCUCUACUUUCCUCUUGUUUUCUGUGUUUUGUGCCUUAUUUGUAGUUAAUAAUCCCAAUGUGCCUUUUUUAUUUUACAAAGGUCAAAAGUAAGUCAUAUUUUUCUGCUUAUACCUUUUGUAUUAUAUUUUUAUACGGUUUUGCAUAUCUGUAACAUGAUGAAUAAAUUGACUUAAAACACAA